AUGAAGCACCUCGCCGCUUACCUCCUCCUCCAGCAGGGUGGCAACACCUCGCCCUCGGCCAAGGACGUCAAGGACGUUCUCGCCGCCGUCGGCAUCGAGGCUGACGACGCCAAGCUCGACAAGGUCAUCGCUGAGCUUUCGGGCAAGGACAUCAACGAGCUCAUCGUUGAGGGCUCGUCCAAGCUCUCGUCCGUCCCCUCGGGCGGUGCCGCUGCUUCGGCUGGCGGUGCCGGCGCCGCCACUGGCGGUGGUGACGCUGCCCCCGCUGAGGAGGCCAAGGAGGAGGAGAAGGAGGAGUCCGACGACGACAUGGGCUUCGGUCUCUUCGACUAA